GGCCCCUCUUUCCCCCGCCUCCUCCGCCUCCUUUUCUCCUCCUUCGUUGGGCACCUUCGGCAACCACUAUCAGCGCCCAGCAUCAGCCGCUGGGGAAGAAGGCAGAAACAUGACAACUGAAAAGAGUUUAGUGGCAGAGGCUGAGACUCCCAAGCAGCAGCCGCCAAAAGAGGAGGAGGUAGCUGCUGAAACAGGAACACAGGAAGCUUUCUUGGAGAAAGCACCUGAGGGGGAUAAUCAGUCAAAGAAGAAGCUAAAAGCAUCCAAUGGUGACACGCCUACACGAGAGGACCAGAGCAAGAACAAAGAGCGCACUUCUGAAAGUCGGGGCCUGUCACGCCUGUUUUCAUCAUUCCUCAAGAGGCCCAAAUCUCAGGUCUCUGAGGAAGAAGGUAACGAGGCAGAAACAAAGGAACUUGGUGAAGGAGGCCAGGAAGAUACAGACCUCGAUCUCAAUGAGGAGAUUCUGCUGAAAGCCCCAAUAGCAGCUCCUGAACCUGAGCUCAGGACUGACCCAUCUUUAGAUCUUCACUCAUUGAGCAGUGCAGAAACACAGCCUGCUCAGGAAGAUAGGAGAGAAGAUCAAGAUCAAGAUCCAGAAAAUAGAGAUCUUGAAAUUAAGGAAGAAGGAGAACAGGGGGAGCAGGUGGACGAAAAAAAGGAGAAUACCAAGGUGAAAGCAGACAAAGACUUAAAAGCUUCUCAGAAAACAGCCAGAAGGCCCAGAAACAACAUGCACUGCAAGAUUAUUUUGCUGGAUGACACAAUUUUUGAGUGUUCCCUGGAUAAACAUGCCAAAGGGCAGGAUCUUCUUAAGAAAGUAUGUGAUCACCUCAAUCUUUUGGAAGAAGACUACUUUGGACUGGCCAUCUGGGAUACCCCGAGCUCCAAGACAUGGUUGGAUGCUGCCAAAGAGAUAAAAAAACAAGUUCAUGGAGGCCCGUGGAAUUUCACUUUCAAUGUCAAGUUUUAUCCUCCAGAUCCAGCACAGCUGACAGAGGACAUAACAAGGUACUAUUUGUGUCUCCAGCUAAGAAAAGACAUUCUCACUGGACGGCUUCCUUGCUCCUUUGCUACAUUAGCUUUGCUGGGCUCUUACACAAUCCAGUCAGAACUGGGAGACUUUGACCCAGAUCUUCAUAGCCCAGAUUAUGUCAGUGAAUUCAAGCUGGCCCCAAAUCAGACAAAGGAACUGGAAGACAAGGUCAUGGAACUACAUAAGACCUAUAGAUGUAUGACUCCUGCUCAAGCUGAUCUGGAAUUUCUUGAGAAUGCCAAAAAGCUGUCUAUGUAUGGAGUUGAUCUUCAUCACGCCAAGGACUUGGAAGGUGUGGAUAUUACUUUGGGGGUCUGCUCCAGUGGCCUUCUUGUCUACAAAGAUAAAUUGAGAAUCAACCGUUUCCCUUGGCCCAAAGUGUUGAAGAUUUCCUACAAGCGCAGCAGCUUUUUUAUCAAAAUCCGACCUGGUGAGCAUGAACAAUAUGAAAGUACAAUUGGAUUUAAGCUUCCUAGUUAUCGGGCAGCUAAGAAACUGUGGAAAGUUUGUGUUGAACAUCAUACAUUUUUCAGGUUAACAUCCACUGAAGCAAUUCCCAAGAGCAGGUUCCUGGUACUGGGCUCUAAAUUCCGAUACAGUGGUAGGACACAGGCACAGACAAGACAAGCUAGUGCCCUGAUUGAUAGACCUGCACCACAGUUUGAACGGACAGCAAGUAAACGGGCCUCUAGAAGUCUUGAUGGCGCUAAACGUGGCUCUCAAAAAAUAGAGUUCAGACCCGUAGAGGAGGAGAAGCAGGAGGAUGUGGUGUUUGUUGGGGUUCCGGAAUCAGAACCUGUGGAACAAAUUCGAGAGAAGCCAGCGAAAGGUACGCUUGAGAAUUUUGAAAAAAUAGUGACUGAGGAAGAGCUGAAGUUUGAAGUAUUUAAAGUUCCUGUUCCAGAAACAAAAUUAGUGGAAUCAUUAGAAAAACAGUCAGCCAUACAUGUUCUUGAAAAGUUUGACAUAAGCCCAAUAAAAGAAGAGGAGAAGGAAGAAAAAGCAGUUGUGGUGCAGAAUCUAGAACAAAAACCGCUAUUACUUGAAACAGUUCAGGAGGAGUCAGCAGUAGCAGUGGUUACACCAGACAGAAGCCCACGGCCUACAUCUGCGCCAGCUAUUGCUCAGAGCCAUGUAACCGAACCAACUCCUCCAGUUGUAUCUGAAAGCAAGGAGCCAGUGGUUACUAAAGCUGAGAAGGAGAGAAAAGAGGUACAACACGAAAAAACUCUGCCAGAGAAAACCAAAACAGAGCCUGCUGAAGGAUCCCAGGUGGGGAAAGUGCAUAUCGAAGUGUCAGUACCCACCACAAAUGGUGACCAAAAUCAGCAGCGUGCAGGAAAAGAGGAAGAACCAAUAAGAAUGAGGAAGGAUCUAGAUAAACCUCAAGAGGGGAUAAAGAAACAUCAUGCUAGCAUUAGCGAGCUGAAGAAGAACUUUAUGGAAUCUGUCCCUGAGCCACGGCCAAGUGAAUGGGACAAGCGCCUCUCAACUCAUUCUCCCUUCAGGACCCUUAACAUCAAUGGACAGAUCCCCACAGGAGUAGAAGGAGUCAAGCAAGCCACAUUUCAGUCCUAUGAGAGACAGGUUGGUGGGCCAGAGCCCCCCAGCUACUUUCUCCCUGAUACCCAUCACUUAGGGGUGUGCAAAGACAAUGUCCCCAAAUAUCAGGCUGAUCAAAGAAGAUUGACUCAGCUGAGAGAGCUGAGAGCUAAUUUUUUCCUUUCUUAGAUGGCUGCUUUCAUUUGCCAUACACAGCAAAAAUAAAUGUAUAGAAUAUGUUUUGAACAGACCAAAACAAAGAAAUCCCCUAAGUUUUCUAGCCUGCACUUAGUUUUCAUAUACAACUACAAUAUAUCUUUAUAUUGUGUUAAAUUCUUUACACACUGGUGACACAGAUGAAAUCAAUGUGGAGUAACUCCAUUCUUUGUAAUUGUAACAUUAAAAAAAAUAUUCCAGCUUAUUGGUUUUUCAAGUGACUGAACACUUUGCACUUUAACCACAAUAUAAUUUUGAAGUGGAACUUUUGAACUUUUGAUAUUCCAUGGCAAUAUCUUUGACAAAAUUCAAUUAUAUUUGCACUACAAUUUAAGUAUCAAAUAAUUAAUGCCAUUCUGAAGAUCAGUGUAGCAUAGGAAGUCAUGACCAACAUUUUGUACAACAGUGUUUCUCUUUGUAAUUCAACAAUUUAUUGUUUUGCAAAUAUUUCUACAGUUUAAUGCUGAAAGAUGUAUUUUAGCACAUGGGUGGAGUUAACAUUAAAUGGGUUUCUCCACCGAAAACUAUUAUCAACUUAGAAAUAAUUUACCCACUUAGAAAGCACUUCCUAUUUGUCCCUAUAGUCUGGUUCCGAUGUACAGGAUUAGUGGAGGAAUGUAUUGAAUGCAGCAGCAGUGCACACUUUAGUUAACUUCAUGUCAAUUUCUCUGACUUCUGUCCUUGCACAUCCCCGAGUAUCAUUUUUGAGCACUUUCCAUCUGUCAUUUUGUUCAUCUCUCUGUCUUUCUUGAUCUUCUACCAUGAAAGCAGACACUGGAACGUCCUCUGUUAGUGCAGGAUGAAGAUAAUAAUAAAAAGCAAGAGACAGCUUCUGAGGGAACUUUGCCCGAACAAACAAAUGAAGAAAUCCAGGCAAAGAUUUCUAUUCAAAUUCCUGAAGAGCAGAAAUCGCUCAAAACAUGCCGCCUAUACUCUAGAGCUUUUCCUUCUCCACGCAUUCCCUUUAUGAUGUCUUUUUUGGUGGUCCUUGCACUGACUGUGUGGUGGCUGGUUUUUCUGUGAUUUUGGAAAUGGAGGGCUUCUGUGAAAUAUCAUCAAGACUAAAGCUCUUCAACUCUUGGCUGAAGCUGCCAUGCCUCUUUCCAUGUUAACCCUUCUGUCUCUAGUUCAAUCUUCCAGGGAGUCUUUUGAAACUCUU